AUGCGCCGCAGGCUGUGGUGGCACCUCUAUGUUCGCGAUAUGCGUGCAUCCGAGCAGCAGGGGACAUCGCCGGAGCUAUUUCGCGUGCCAUUCGAACCAGUGCGCGAACGUCUCGCGGUCACGAAGAUGACGUCCGCCAAUAUCCGCUAUGAGACCAUCCGCACGGUAUGGCAUAUGCAGCGAGACCUAAAGGCAGCCCGUGUCUUCGUGGCGCCGACUGUCGGUGCAUGA